AGACUGCUCGAUGAUAGUGGACCAUGGACAUUGAUGAUAUCCUCGCUUCUGUCGACAGGGAUGACAUCAAUCUCCCCGAAUCUAUCGCUCUCGAUCAUCAGCAACUUACCCGCUUUUGGGUAGCGGAACGCGCCGCUCCGGAGUUAUUACCAUGGCCAGGACCGCUGAUGGACAGGAUGAUGGAAAGAGUGAGAAAACAGAUCGCCAAAAUCGAAGACCUUUCCAUCUCCGACCCCGCCAGCACCACAACAAACAAUCCCACCCUCAACCUCACUCUUUCAAUCCUACAGUCUGACCUCUCCCGAACGCAAUUUCUCAUUCGGUCAUUACUCCGCCAACGAUUAGCUAAAUUGACGAAGCACCCGAUACACUACCUUCGCCUAUCCACGCCGCCGUCAGCAUCCCAACAACCACGGCUCUCUUCUACACACCACCAGCAAGAAGACCCCCUCUCGCCCCAAGAACGCUCCUUUCUAUCUGCGCAUCACUCUCUGCUCUCAGAUCACUACUCCCACUCGUUUCUGGCCAGCUUUCCUCCCGCUUUGCGUAAACUCGAUGAUAAUGCCGGUGGGACGAGCAUGGUGACUGCUCCUGAGACCAAGGAGGUAGUAUUUGCCCGAUGUCUCGCUGAGAGUGCAGAUGUGAUCAUUCCUGCUGAGCGGGACCAGAGCGAUCGCAUGAGUUUUGGGAUGGGAGAUAGAUUGGGAGAGAGGAUGAGCAAGGGUGAAGUGUGGAUGGUUAGGUGGGAAGGGAUCAAAGGGGCCUGGAUGAAGGGAGAGGUAGAGAUCCUGUGACUAGGGUGGAAAUAGUGAUGGAAAUUUCUUUCUUGGGUUUCAUACUUAACCAUGCAUUUUUUACGGGCGUUGAGUAUGGUUGGAGUUUGAAAUGGGGUAA